AGGCAACGGAUAAAGAAGGCGACGGUGAGACGUGUCAUGUCAAACAGCAGUCAAGCGCUAGACAGAUAUACAUGGGGUCAGAAUCUAGGGAUCUUUUCCUUUUGAACGGCACUUUGUAACAUAGUUUCUAGAAUAUCAGAGGAUAUUGGCAUCAGAGGAAUUUUACUGCAGAAGCGUCAUCAAUGUUUAUCAUAUUUUGAAGACGAUGUCACACAGAACUGGAUAUAAGAACCCUGUUUAUGUAAAUUAACUGUAAAUUACAGUAAAAUAUUUCCUAUGAGUGACAUUAUUGGUGAAAUUUCUUGGAUUCGCUGUCUCAAAUGGGGUAGAAUAUAAUUUCGAAUUCUGAAUGAACUUGGAUAAAUUUAAAAAGACAUUUGCAACAUCUGAAGAUAUCAGUAAAACUUAUAUUUGAUAAAAAUAAGGCAGUUGUAACAUUCGUUAGGAAUAAAAUAUAGAAACAAGAAGAAAGGAAAAUUCCAGACCAUUUUGUUGAAGAAAAAAAUUACAGAAAGAGGAAUUGUGUGAGAAUCUUGGAGUUUUGUUAGUUUUAGCUGCAGAGAUGCCAAAAGAACGAGGAAAAUCUGUACACGACUGUGAUAUCUGUGGUAAAUCAUUCUCUGCAAAUAAUGCAUUGGAUAUUCACAAACGCAUUCAUACAGGUGAGAAACCCUAUCACUGUGGUAUCUGUGGUAAAUCUUUCUCUCAAAGGAAUACCUUGACAAAUCACAAACUUGUUCAUACAGGUGAGAAACCGCAUCACUGUGAUGUCUGUGGUAAAUCUUUCUCUCUGGUAAAUACCUUAAAUGUUCAUAGAAAUGUUCAUAUUGGAGAGAAACCAUACCGUUGCGGCAUAUGUGGAUUGAAACUAUAUCACUGUGAUAUCUGUGGUAAAUCAUUCUCUCAAAGUAGUAAAGUUACUCUUCACAAACGUAUUCAUACAGGUGAGAAGCCAUACCACUGUAACACGUGCAACAAAUCGUUUGCUUACAAAACAAAUUUAACCAACCAUAAACGUACUCAUACAGGGUCUGAAUUAGCGAUUCAUAAACGUAUUCAUACAGGAGAGAAACCUUUUCAGUGUGACAUCUGUGAUAAAUUAUUCUCCGUGAAAGCUAACUUAGCUAAACACAAACUUAUUCACACAGGAGAGAAACCAUAUCAUUGCGAUACUUGCAAUAUCACCUGCAUAUUCCCUGUUACUGGGAAUGCUGUGAUUGAUAAUGUCCGUAAAACUACUGUUGUUAAAACCGCUGCUAAUAUUAUUGUUGGGACUCCCUUCGUUAAUGACGAGAUCAGUGCUCUUUUCCUUAUUACUAUUACUAACUCCAAUGUUGGUAUGAAGGCUGCUAAUAUCUGUGCUACUUCUAUUAUUAUUAUUAUUAUUACUAUACGUUAUGUUGGAAUUUGA